CGCUUUGCCUGGCUUUUGCCUAACUUCUGCCCAAUGUCGGACACGCUUAGACCCAGCCGAUCCACCCUCAUAUCCGUCGACUGGCUCGGGCGACUAGAGCAAGAACAGCAGCGCCGAAAUCCGCCGCCGCCACAGCACCUCCCGGCGCCGCAGAUCACCGCCGCCCCAGCACCUCCCGGCGCCGCCACAGCACCUCCAGGCGCCGCCCCAGCACCUCCCGUCGCCGCAGAUACUUCUGCUGGCGAGAAGCACCUCCCCUCCCCACCGCGCCACCCCAGCAACUCCCGUUCCUGGACAUGUCGAUAUUGCUUCGGGAGCGUGCUCGACGUGCUCAAGCCCUCUCGAUCUGGCGCCUCCCCACCCCAUGCUCGAAUGUGCUUGUUGCGAGGACACGGUUUCGUUCUUGUGCAAGAAAGGGACCAACUCUGGCAAAAGAUUCCGGAGGUGCAGGCACCAGUACUGCUUCACUUGGAUCUGGGAGGAACAGCUUAGCAAGUAUGUGAAUGAAAUGGUGAUUCACAAGACGGCGGUGGAAAUCCGAGUUUCGCCAGGCACUGCCAGUAAUCAAGUUCAGCACAAGGAGGACCAAAUUCGAGCAAGGGAUGAACAACUGGAGCUAGCCUGGGUGCAAACCGCCUCCUUGAAAACCACUGUGGAGGAAAACCAGAGCUAGCUUGAACACCUUCAAGAUGCUGUUCUGGGGAUUGAUUUUUCUAUUAGCUGUUCGGUUUGUAGCCCUGAUCCAAAUAUUGUAGGCUGUUCUGUGUCUUUGAUAGUCAAAUAAUAUUGGGGUUAGUCUUAGUCAUUUUAAUUGUUAACCCAUUUGCGACCAGACAUGCUAAUUUUCAAGAUGCUUGAGUGUCUAAAUCUAUGUUACUGUCAAAAGUUGUUCC